AUGGUUGAGCAAAAGAGAUUCGCUCUGUUUCUAGCGACGUCCGAUUCAACGUUCGUGAAGAAGACGUACGGUGGUUAUUUCAACGUGUUCGUUUCGACUUUCGGCGAAGAAGGAGAGCAAUGGGAUCUUUUCCGAGUGAUCGACGGCGAGUUUCCGGAAGAUAAGGAUCUUGACAAGUACGAGGGUUUUGUUAUAAGUGGAAGCCUUCAUGAUGCUUUUGGUGACGAUGAUUGGAUCGUUAAGCUUCGUUCACUUUGUCUUAAACUCGACGACAUGAAGAAGAAAGUUCUCGGUAUCUGCUUCGGCCAUCAGAUAUUAAAUAGGAUCAAAGGAGGUAAAGUCGGAAGAGCAAGUAGUGGUGUGGACAUGGGACUAAGAACCAUAACAAUGGCUAAAGACGCGGUGAAACCAGGUGGUUACUUUGGAGACGAGAUCCCCAAAUCGUUAGCCAUAAUAAAAUGCCAUCAAGACGAAGUUUGGGAGCUACCUGAAUCAGCUACACUGCUUGCGUACUCAGACAAGUGCAAGGUCGAGAUGUGUUCCUAUGGAAACCACUUCCUGUGCAUCCAAGGCCAUCCUGAGUACAACAAAGAGAUCCUUUUCGAAAUCAUUGAUCGUGUCGUCAAUAUGAAGCUGAUGGAGCAAGAUUUCGCGGAUAAGGCCAAGGCAACGAUGGAGAACGCAGAGCCUGAUAGGAAGCAAUGGCAGACUCUGUGCAAGAACUUUCUCAAAGGAAGAUCAGAGCAAGUUUAA